AUGAAUCAAGAUUUUGAACAACAAUCGUCGUUCAUUAAUAAGGCAGAAGAUAUAGAAUUAGAAGGUGGUGAAAUAUUUGAAAGCAAUACUAGCAACAAUAUAAACAGACAAUCAGAGUUAGAUCAAAAGAUCUUGUUUCUCACUAAAGAUCGUAAAUUUAAAAGACAGGCUAUUAUAGAUCCCCAAUAUGGGUCAUUUUUCAAUACAUUAAGCGAACCUGAUUCUACUUUAUUCCAAACUACAACUUCUACAACUUACCCACAUUAUAAUAAUAACAAUAAUAAUAACAAUCGUCAAAAAAAGAAUUCCACAAAUUUCCAACCUCAAUUGCAACCACCACAACCACAGCCACCACAACCACAACCACCACAACCACAACCACAAUCACAACCACAGACAAAUCAUUUACAACAAAAAAAACAAAAUCAACCAAUAACACCAACAGCACCUAUACAACAAAAGAAACAUUUACAACAACAACAACAGAUACAACAAUUACAGCAAAAAAAACAACAUAUACACCAACAACAGCAACAAUUACAACAACAAAUCCAAGCUAAAUUACAAUCUCAAACAACCCAUACUACCUCGUCACAACCAAAAUCCAAGACAAUACAUUAUUCACCACCAAUUCCAUUAGAAAUUAGGGUAGAAAAAUUAGAUAAUCCAAUAGAAGAAGAAAAUUCAGAAAACCAAAUCGAUUCCAUUGUACAGUCUAUGACCAGUCCAUUGAGUCCUAUGCUUUCACCAUUUAACGAUUCUAUAAAUAAUAAAACUAAUAACGAUAAUUUAAUUGAUAUAAAUAAUAACAACAAUAAUAAUAAUAAUAAAAUGAUAAACAAUAAAAAGAAAUCACCAUCAAAUAAGGACUACUUAAAUGGUGCAGAUGUAAAAAAAAAACAACAACAACAACAACAGCAGCAAACAAAUACUGCAUCAUCAACUGUAUCAACACCUGAAAAUACUAUUAAAUCACCAAAUGGACCAAAUAGUAAUCCAACAAAAAAAGAAAAAUUAAUUUUAAAAAUUCCAAAAAUAGUUGUUAAAACUGAAAAACCUGAACCAAAUUUAAAAGAGUCACCUGAAAAUGAAAAGUCAAAAGUAAAACAAGAAGAGAAAGAAAAACAAGAAAAAGAGAAACAAGAAAAGUUAGAGCAGGAAAAACAGGAAAAAAAGAAAGAAAAGGAAAGAUUAGAAAAAGAGAAACAAGAAAAAGAGAAACAAGAAAAAGAGAAACAAGAAAAAGAGAAAUGGGAAAAGGAGAAAUUAGAAAAAGAAAGAUUAGAAAAAGAUAAAAAAGAAAAAGCAAAAAGUAAAAAAGAUUCAGAUGAUGAAAAGAAAAAGAGUUCAGGUAAAAGGAAAUCAACAAAUUCUGCAACAGCAAAUACCAAUGGCUCAAGUACUGCAAUGGAUAUGGACAUUGAUGAGCCAACACCACAAAAAUCAAAAGAUGAUAACUCAGAUAGUGAAAAUGAUGAUAGGAGAGCCCCAAAGAAAUCAAAAACUGAUUCAUAUAAAUCAGCUAAUGGAACAAAUAAUGGUAGUGCUGUAAAGAAAGAAGAAUCUCCACCAACAACUACUACAACUGCAUCAACCAGCAAAAAACCCUUAUCGUCAUCAACUAACUCAUCACCAAGUGUUUCAUUAACAUCAUCGUCAAAUUCAGUUUCAUCUAAAAAGAAAGAAGAAUCAAUGGUAAAUCCAUUCUCUGUUUCUGAACAUGAUAAAAAGAUUAUUGAAAAGGAAUCAAACAAAGAAACUAGUAGAGACCGUGACAGAGAAAGGGACCGUGAUAGAGAUUCAAGUAGAGAUCGUGAUAGGGACAGAGACCGCGACCGUGAUAGGGAUAGGGACAGAAGGGACCGUGAAAGAGAUAGAGACCGUGAUCGCGAUAGAGAAAGGGAUCGUGACCGCGAUAGAGAUCGCGAUAGGGACAGAGACCGUGAUAGAGAUCGCGAUAGAGAUAGAGACCGUGAUAGAGAUAGAGACCGUGAUCGUGAUCGUGAAAGAGACCGUGAUAGAGACAGAGAUCGUGAUAGAAGAGACAGGGACAGAGAUAGAGGAAAAGAUAGCGGAAAUAGUAAUAAAAAGGAAAAAGAUAAAGAUAAAGAAAAAGAUAAAAAUGAUAAAAAUGAUAAAUCAUCAGCAUCAACAUCAUCAAAUAAUACACCACAACUUUCAAAAGAUUCUAUUUCAAAUUCGGUAGACUUAACACCAAGAAAAUCAAAGGCCGAAGAAAGAGCGAUUAAACAACAAAUUGAUACAAUUAAAGAAGAGGCUAAAGAAUUAAAAAGAAUGGCAAAGGAGUUACAAAAUAAAAAUCUUAUAGAAUGCCUAGAAAUGUAUUUACAAGUCGGUUUAAAAUAUUUAUUACAAACAUAUAAUAUGAUAGAGGUUAAUGAUCCUUUGUCAAGUAUUCUAUCAUUCUUAAAUGAAGUUUCUUUAUUUUUUUCAAAUACUGCACGUUUAUCGCUACACCACAAAGAUGAAUUAAAAGCAUCCCUGUGCUUUAAGUGUGAGUCAUUUUGUUAUAUAAAAAUGUUUUGUUUAAAGAAAGAUCAAUUAAAACAUAUUCGUAAAGAUAUAUUUAGUUACUAUUUACCAUUCAUAUCAUCAUCAUCAUCAUCAUCAAAAUCACUACCACCUGCCAAUCCUUUAAAUGCUCCACUUACCCCAACAACAGGAAAUCCAGGCUCACCAACUCAUCAACCAAAUCCAUCACCAACACCCUCAUCGACAGCAACUACUAACUCCACUACCUCUAAUAAUGCUAACACUGCACAACCACAAAUCAACCAAUCAGUAAAUGUUAAGGUUGCACAAUAUUUAAGAGAUAGCGAAGAUAUAUUUAAAGCAUUAGAAGCAUGGGAAAAAUCAAUACGACACAAUAUAAUUUUUAGAAUAAUUGACGCACUUUCAAUCAAUACAUUCUUUGACCCAGACGAAUAUUGGCAAAGUUUAGAGGUUGCUCACAAAAUUGUAUUUGGAUAUGGAUAUCUAACAUGGGAAUGGUCCGAAGGGAUUAGAAGUUUUGUUCAUCCUUUAUUUUUCAUUAUAAUUUUUAAAGUUUUAUCAAUUUUUAAUUUAGAUACAACCAAAUUAAUUAUUAUAGCCCCAAAGAUAUUAUCAGGUUUUUUAGCAGCAAUAGGUGAUAUUUAUUUAUAUAAACUUACAUUAUCACUAUUUAAUGGUAAUAAACAAAUUGCAAAAUGGACAUUAAUAUGUCAACUUUUUUCUUGGUACACAUUCAUUUGUAUUGUUAGAACCUACUCAAAUUCAAUAGAAACCAUUUUAUUCAUUAUUUCACUGUACUAUUUUCCACUACCAAGCAAAUCAAAAGAUAAUGAUAACCCAAAGAUCUCAGUUGCACUUACAAUAUUUGCAUUUAUGAUUAGACCAACAACUGCAGUUAUGUGGUUAUAUUUAAUACCAUUACAACUAUACAAUUUAAAAUCUUUCAAAAAAAUUAUAAAUUUUAUUAUUUUUGAUUGUUUAUCAAUGACCAUUUUAUCACUUAUUAUCAUCUUUGGUAUAGACUACACAUUUUACGGCAAAAUAACAAUUGUACCAUAUAAUUUCCUUUAUUUUAAUGUUAUAAAAAAUGUAUCAAGUUUUUAUGGAACUCAUCCAUUCCAUUGGUAUUUCAGUCAAGGAUUCCCAGCCAUUGCCUUCACAAUGUUACCAAUUUUCUUUUUAUCAAUUAGACACCUCUUUAAAACAAAUCCUACAAAACUACAUUUGGCCUAUUUAACAAUUUUUACAAUAGCAUUCUUUAGUUUAUUAGCACAUAAAGAAUUUAGAUUUAUUUUCCCAAUUUUACCAUUAGUCAUGAUGUAUUCUGGUUAUUACAUUUCAAAUUUAUUUAAUAAUGGUAAUAAAAAAGAUGAUACAAUAGUUGCAGCAAAUAACAAGAAUCAAACAAAAAUUAAAAUUUUCAUUUCAAUUUUAUUACUAUCAAACAUACCAAUGAUUAUUUUCUUUUCAAAUUUCCAUCAAAGAUCACCAAUCGAUAUAAUGUAUUAUAUAAAUGACAAUAUAGUCCCAAAAAUUGGCACAAGUGGCUAUGGAGAUUCAAUUUCAGUCGAUCUAUUAAUGUCGUGUCAUGCAACACCUUAUCAAAGCUAUAUUCAUAAUCCAAACUUAAAACUAACUCUACUGGAAUGCCCACCACCACUUUAUGAGGAUUCACCAGUCGAUGAAAAAUCGUUGUUUUACCAAGAUCCACUAAAAUUUAUGAAUACUCAUUAUAAUAUUAAUAACAGUAUUAAUGAUAAUUUAAAACCACUUCCAAACUAUUUUAUUGUGAAGACGAACUACUAG